UCCUGCCUGAGCACUCAUCGAGCUCGUGGCCUUGAUGUCCUCUGUGUCAUUUGCAUAUAAAGCUCCCCACCAUCACCCAGAGACCCCAGGAAGAUGCCAGGGCUGAUUAACUGGGCCACCCUGUCCCGGCUGCCCCUCAUUGCGUCCGAGGUGACCUCCUGCGUCAGCGGCUAUGCCUUUGGGAUGACAGCCCUGCUCACCUACCACAACCCAGACCCCCAGGCUUUGGAAGGUCUCUUUGUGUACCCCUUGGACGAGGGCACGACUGUGGUGGGCUUCGAGGCGGCCGUGUCCCAGCGCACCGUGACCGUGCAGAUCAAAGACAAAGCCAAGAUGGAUGGCACCUACUGGGACAGCUGCAGCCUCCCCCCUGGAAAAGCUGGUGAUGGAAGUGGGAGGAUUAUGAUGGAUGAGGACCUGGAGAGGAUUGUUUUUGUGGCCAACCUGGGCAUGAUUCCUCCCCUGGAAAGUGUCUCCAUCUUCAUCAGCACCUCCUCUGAGCUGCAGACACUGCCCAGCGGGGUGGUGAGGGUCCUUCUGCCAGCUGUGUGUGUCCCCAGAGUCCCCCAGCCCGGCCUGGAGAGCACCAGCAGCUUUUCCAGCCACCAGCUCCGAUCGGACAAACACCUCUGCGGCUCGGGGAGCGCGGAGCAGGGGAGCAGGUUCUGCCUGGCUCAGCUGCUGGACAGUGAGGUCACCAACCCCUUUGAGUACGAGUUCAGCUUCCACCUGGAGAUCCGGGGGCCGUGCUUGCUGGCAGGAGUGGAGAGCCCCACGCACGAGAUCCGAGCAGACGCCGACCCCUCGGCUCGCUCUGCCAAGAGCAUCGUGAUCACGCUGGCCAACAAACACACCUUCGACAGACCCGUGGAGAUCCUCAUUCACCCAAGUGAGCCCCACAUGCCCCACGUCUUAAUGGAAAAGGGUGACAUGACCCCUGCAGAGUACGAACGACACCUGAAGGGGAAGAACGAUUUCAUUAAAGGCACUAAGAAAGACCCCGGUGCCAAGAAAAAGAUGGAAAUCAUCAGGAAACGACUGAACAAAGACAUCCCCCACCACCCUGUCAUCAUGCUCAACUUCUGCCCUGACUUGAGGACUGUGCAGCCAGGCCUCAGGGAAGCCCAGGGAGAGUUUAUCUUCCUGGUGGACCGCAGCAGGAGCAUGAGUGGUGUGAACAUCAGCCGUGCCAAGGAUGCCCUGUUGGUCAUUCUCAAGAGCCUGAUGCCAGCGUGCCUCUUCAACAUCAUUGGCUUUGGAUCCACCUUCAAGAGCCUCUUUCCUGUCAGCCAGGCCUAUUGUGAGGAGAGCCUGGCCAUGGCCUGCCAGAGCAUCAGGAGGAUCCAGGCUGAUAUGGGCAGCCCCAACCUCUUCCCCCCCCUGAAGUGGAUCCUCCGGCAGCCCAUCCACAGGGGCCACCCCCGGCUGCUGUUUGUGCUGACGGCCGGGGCCAUCAGCCACGCCGGGCGGGCUCUGCAGCUGCUGCGGGACCACUGCUGCUCCACCAGGUGCUACAGCUUUGGCAUCGGGCCCAACGCCUGCAGGAGGCUGGUCCAGGGUCUGGCUGCCGUGUCCAGGGGCAGCUCUGAGUUCCUGGCAGAGGGCGAGAGGCUGCAGCCCAAGAUGAUCAGGUCCCUGAAGAAGGCGAUGGCGCCGGUCCUGAGCGACGUGUCCGUGGAGUGGGUGUUUCCUGAGAGCACCGAGGUCUUGGUGUCCCCUGUCAGCAGCAGCUGCCUGUUCCCUGGUGACCGUCUGCUCAGCUACAGUGUCAUCUGCGACACCUCCCCGUACCUCUCCAACCCCAGAUCUCUCUGUGCUUCUCCCCAGGACAAGCGGCGGCGGUACAGCAUGAUGCACUCCCAGGAGUCGGGCAGCUCUGUUUUCUUUCACUCCCAGGAGGAGGGAGCAGGCUCAGAGAGCUGGAACCACUGCAGAGACUCGGAGGGCUCCUGCCCCAGCAGGCGCUCCCCCGACCGCCUGGGCGUGGGCAGAGAUCCUGGGGCAGAGUCGGACACGGGAAUGGAUGUGAAGGCUGUGUCCAGGAGAAGGGCGUACAGCACCACCCAAAUCUCCGACCACGAGCCUCGCAGGAAGGUGCCCACAGCCAGCGAUCCUGGCACUGCCCUGGUGAAAAACCCCCUCCGAAAAACCCACCUGCAGGACCUGCAGCAGCUCAGCCCCGAGCCCUGGCAGGUGGAUGUCCAGCCCCUCCCGGCCAUCCCGCCCAGCGCUGGCUCCCGGAUCCGCGGCACCGGCGCCCGGCGCCCGGCGCUGCUCCAGCACAGCUGUGUGUCCUUCUGCCACGACCCCGGCUCGCCAGCCCUGCCCGGGGGGCUGCAGCACGCCCCGCCCGGCGGUUUGGAGGCGUUCUCUGGCAGCCCGAGCCUGCGCUCCUCGUCGGACAGCCGGAGCCCCGGGGAGCCGGAGUCUGCCCAGCAUCCAUCCCUCGCCUUUGAGACAGAGACCUCCUCCGACUGGGAGCCCCAGGAGCCGGACACCAGCGCUGCCUGUGGCUCCCCACGCUGCCCCGGGACCCUCUGCAAGGCGGUGGUGAAGGGGCUGAGGAACAACGAGCCCGUGCAGUGGGAAGUCACGUUUGAUAUCCACCCCCUGUUCCGAGAGCGGGACAGGCAGGAGGAGGGUGACACGGACCUGUGGAGUGAGACCUUCCACCACCUGGCAGCCAAGUCACUCAUCCGGGAUUUCGAGCAGCUCGCUGAGAGGGAGUGUGAAAUCGAGCAUGGGUCUGGGCGGCGGUUCCAGCUCAGCGCUGUGCACACCAGCAAGGCCUGUAACAUCAUCAGCAAGUACACAGUGUUCGUGCCUGUGGACCUGAGCACCAGCUCCUACCUGCCCACCCUGGUCCAGUACACCCACACAGAGGCAACAUCCAAGCAAGGCAACCAGAGGAAAGAGAAGAGUUCAGGAAACAGAAGGCAUCGUGGCUGUUCCCCUGGACGUCCUCAGUCAGUGUGUGGCCAGAAUGGAGAUUAUGGAUUUUACAGCAUGAAUGCUGAGGAGAGCAGCCCCUCACCCUCCAGCACCCUGACCUCAUCCUGGGAGCGCUGCCGAGUCCCUGAAGGGCCAUUCCACAGCCUGUCUGCUUCCUCUGCACAAGCCCAAAAAUCCAUUGAGAGGCUCUUUGCUGCCAGGCUGACCCUCAACAAAACCAUGCUGCUGGUUCGAGCUGCCAAGGGCUUCAUGAGUAAAUCUCCAGGCAGAGGGGGCGAAGCCAGCUCUGAGGGUGACAAUGAGAGCAUGGACUACCUUCCCCUGGUGUCCCUGCAGCUGGCAUGCGGUGCCUUCCUUCUGAAUUCAGCCUUCUGUGAUGCCAUCAACAUCCCCAUGGAGAAGCUGAAGUGGACAUCACCCUUCGCCUGCCACCGCCUGUCCCUCAGCCCCUCGGGCUCCUACAGCACCAAGAAGAGCAAUCCCUCCUUGGAGCACAAAGCCCUGAACUCCAGCCAGCAGCUGCUGGACCCCAACACGGCAGUGCUGGAGGACAGCGGCCGCCUCCGGCACCUGUCGGGCAGCACAGCCGAGAGCAUCUCCCGAGCCCUGGCAGCCGAGAAGGAGCUGUCCCCUCCUGCCAUCACCAUCCGCAGCUUCUCCUCCCCUCCCCUCCCUGGCGGUGCCCGGGGCUGCGGCACCGACGGCUCCGAGCUCCGGGCUUUGCCCUGGGAUGCGGAGCCGCAGCCCGAGCCCGAGGGGAUGCUCUGGGCCACGGCGGUGGCGCUGGCCUGGCUGGAGCACAGCUCAGCGUCCUUCUUCAUCGAGUGGGAGCUGGUGGCGGCCAAAGCCAGCCUGUGGCUGAGCGGGCAGCGCUUCCCGGCGGGAUCCAGCCUGGCCGCGGUGAAAGCUGCAGCCCAGCAGCUCUUCGUGCUGCUCCGGCACUGGGAUGAAAACCUGGAGUUCAACCUGCUGUGCUACAACCCGGGCAGUGUGUAAGGGGAGGAGGAGGAGGAGGAGGGAGGCUUGGGCAGAUUAGUGAGGGCACAGGAGCAGGGAUCUGUCCUUAAGGAAAUGCCUCCUCUGCUGCAGGGAUGUGUGUGUUCAUUAGAGCAAACCCUGCAAACUGAGCAGCCUGGGCAAAAUCCUGCACUCAGCAGUCGGGAUUUUGCUCUGGAAGGGAACCUA